AUGCCGUUCUUUUGGGGGAGUCUACUGGGCCUUAGUCUUGUGGUCGGCAGCAAUGCCAGCCCAGGACUGCCCCAUGGCUAUACUCUCGUUAAGUCCACCGAUUUGGCCAAGUCUACAACUUACGAAGAAAUCGGAUUUUACUCAACUGCAACGACCCCUGGAGCUUCUGCUACAUUCUUUCCAAAAUAUGAUGCUACAGUCGUUAGUGGUAAAACGCUCCCUUUCGUAACAACGACCGAUGAUGCCGGAGCACCUGUUACUUGGAUCGGAGACUGGAAUACGAAUUCCGCUGGCUCUUCAAUCCUAGUACCUGUCCAGGUCUGUUCAGAAGUUGCGCAACAGUUGGACAGUAGAUCGAAGCUGGUGCAGAAGCGCGAUUUGGUCUGCGCAGACGUGUCUGCUUCUACUUCCAGGCCCGUGCAGACUACUACACCCAAAUCACCGACUUCGACGGGGUCUACUAGUACAAGCUCUGCAGUCAUUCCAACAAGUCCUUCGUCGAAGCCAAGUUCUCCGACAACCAGCUCUAAGACAACUAGCUCUGUGACUACCAGCUCCGCGACUACCAGCGACUCGCAGACCACCACAGAGCAGUCGACUUCAUCGAAACCGAGUCCGUCGACCCCUUCGUCGCCCACAUCGCCCACAAAGAGCCCAACCUCAAGUACCUCUGUGCAGAGCUCUACUACAGAGAACAGCUCCGAAAGCACUACACAAGUUUCGACGACUGCACAGCCAACUUCGACAUCUCCGGGUAGUAGUUCUCUCAUAAGCAGCAAUACUACACCAACUUCUCCCUCUAGCACCCCUUCGCGCACGCGGACUAGGACCUCGAGUACUAAAAGUACUGAAAGUUCUAGCUCUACUCGAUCCAUUACCGCAUCGACGCAGAGCACUGGUGAUUCAACCACUACUAGUAAUCCAUCCACUACCACUGGCGAGAACACAGGUACCACAGAAAGCCAUUCCAUAACCCAGUCGGCCUCCAAAAAUGACAAGGUCACCACAACAAUGACCUCCGAGCCCACCGGCUUCUCAGCUUCUACAGUAACCAACAGUGAUUGGACUAAAGAUUUCAUCCUGACAACCACCAUUGGCGGCCAAGAGACUGAAGUGCCAGUUCUUACUGAUUGUGGCGACGAUUGCGGCGAUGACGGCGCUAUCAUCUUGUUCGGGGUACCGAUAAAGACCGGAAUACAGUACUCGUUGCCUAAUCUUCCAUCCUUCCACUUCCCAUGUAUCUUCAACUGUGGCAGUGGCGGUGGCGGCGGGAAGCCUGGACCCCCUGAACAAGGUGAGCCAGAUGAAGACGAUGAUCACUCAUCAACCAAGUCAAGCGAGAAGACUACUACUUCCGAGGCUACUACCUCCGAAGCUACAACCUCGACCUCAUCAUGCACAUCGGUGAUGACAGUGAGCGACUGCAUAGUGUCAUGUCCUGCCACGGAGAGUUGCAGCAAGACAUGCUACAGUACUAUGACGGGCUGCGAUGUGACAGGCACAACCUCUACCACUACUGGAGACCCGUGCUCUUUUACAAACACCGACUACCGAUGUGUCAAUACCACGGCUGCCACUCAAACCCCUGGAGUCAACGAGGUAGUCACCUAUACCAGUGUGAACUACGACACCGCUCGAGCCGAGAGUAUCGAGAAAGCCCAAGAGACUCAACCUACCACCUUGCCCUGGGGGAAUGAUUCUGGGUCCACUACAACAUCGGCCUCGCCCUCGCAGUCUGCGACUGUGACUACUGCGACAAGAACACCUGGGUCGACGGGCUUUACAACUCUUUCGUCUCCGACCAGAUCGCCCACUUCUAGCCCAACCACCUUCAGCACAGCUUCAUCCACGCGUCCUCCCAUCUGCAGCGAGGGCAACAACUCAUUGAUGGGAUUCAACAAUGAGCCGUCCUCAUGGUGUUUCUGUGGCGGACGAGGUCCUUUCUCAACCAUCUCCGGUUCCACCUCAUCGUACUGCGCCUUCACCAAACUCCCCAGCGAGACCAUCUCCUUGACGUCGCACACUACAUCCAUCAACACUGGCUGCGUGGUAACCUCAACGGUCGUAACCACCGCCUCCGCCUCCGAAACCCAAACCUACUGCAAAUGCGGGCAUGUAAUCGCCGGACUCGGCACCACAACCAUGUCCUCCGGCACGAUGAUGGUCGGCUGCCAACUCUCCGACUGGGUGAUGAUGACAACGAUCCAACCAACCACGACAUCACUGGACCCCAGUCCCACCGAAUCCGCCAACUGCUUCCCAACGCACGGCGAGAACGACAUCGACAAGAUCCUUGAAAUCGUGCAACCCGACGGAUCAGCCUGGUGCAACAAGCCGGACACGACGCUCGUCGACGGGAGAAACCCUGCCGACCCUGCGGGGAAUAACUACAUUCGUGCGGGCUGGACUCUGGCGGAUGACGCGCCUGAGGACUGUCAGUAUUUGGAUCAGGAUGAGACGAGGGCGCUGUGUGCGGAUCCGUUGAAUGAGAUCGUGAAACAGUGUCCGUGGAAUGGGGGGUCGAUUAAGAAUGUUUGUGGAGAGUUUUGGAUGCAGACUUGUACUUUGGGGAAGACUUGUGAUGUUGGGAGUCCGGAUUAG